AUGGAACGCGUUUCAGGCGCGUUUCGAGGCAAAAAAUAUUUACAUGCUUUGCGCUACGAUCUAAGUGUCUAUGUUCUUGCUUCAUUUUCGAAGAAGAACAAACAUACAAUCAUUCCGAAACAUCACGUGACUAUUGAUGCUAUUGAUGAACAUAACGGAACGCUUAAAUCAUCCGGUUUUAUUCAAUCAGUCCGUAUUAUUGCUGAAGGCACUCAGGCUAAAUGCCAAGAAAGAGCUACUCAAUAUAGUCGAAGUACCGGAAGCGAAGAAGUCGAGAUACAACCAAUAAACCAAGACGAAGAUAAUGAUGUUGAUAAUAACCAUAUGUAUACAAGCAAGAGUUUUCAUGAUAAGGAUGACAAUGAUUAUCUACCACCAACGACAGAUUUUAUUUCAACUAACAAUGGCACGAAACUAACAUUAGAUUUCAGUUUAGCUAGUAGAUACAAACAUAAUCGAAAUUCUGGAAAACAUGUUAUAUCUGACGACGACGACGAAAUUGAAGAGGAGGAAACUAUUCAUGUAACACGAGGUCGUUCAAAUACAGAUUGUCCAAAAAACACAGAUGAUUCACCAGCUGCACCAUUAGUCAUCGAUGAACAUUCAAGUAACGAUCACAACACCCAAGAAAAUCGUGCAAAUGUUUUGUCUAAUGUCAAUGGAAACCUUUAUGAUAUAUCUGAACGUGAUGAUGAUGAUGAUGAUAAUGACGAUGAUCUAGUGCUGCCACAAGUAAAACCAAUGAAAAAGAAAAGAAAAACAGCUUCACGGCCAAAACAAUCAACCUCAAAUGAAGCUCUUGUUACUGAAGUUUCAAAUAUUCACAAGGAAUUCUUAUCAUUUCGAUACAACAUCGAACAACGCAUCAAAUCACUUGAAAAAACAUUUCGUAUACUUAAAAAUAGAAAGGUUUUGAAAGAGAGAAACGAUCUCAUGAAUAUUGAUGAUUCUCCUCUUCCCUUGAAAGCACCAGAUCUAGAAGUUGUACUUGGAAUUGAUGUUAGUAAAUUUCGUUUCGGUUUCGAUGAACAUACAAAGUUCGUGCGACAAAUCUUUCGACAAGCACAAUACGCAUUUGAUCCAAAUUUAGUGUUGUCCAACGAUGGUUAUAGAAAUUCAGAAUGCGAUGAAAAAGCACGAUAA